AAUGUCACAUGCAACAUAUUCAUAAACAGCUUUGGUUCGAUCGCCGAGACAACCAUGGAUUACAGAGUGAAUAUCUUUCUUCGUCAGAAAUGGAACGAUCCUCGACUUGCAUAUAGUGAAUAUCCUGAUGACUCCUUAGACCUAGACCCUUCCAUGUUGGACUCCAUUUGGAAACCUGAUUUGUUCUUUGCCAAUGAAAAGGGAGCCAACUUUCAUGAAGUCACUACAGACAACAAAUUGUUAAGAAUUUUCAAGAAUGGGAAUGUUCUUUAUUCAAUAAGAUUGACAUUAACGCUCUCCUGUCCAAUGGAUCUCAAGAAUUUUCCAAUGGAUGUACAAACCUGUACUAUGCAAAUGGAAAGCUUUGGGUACACAAUGAAUGAUCUCAUUUUUGAAUGGCAAGAUGAGGCACCUGUACAAGUGGCAGAAGGACUCACUUUGCCCCAGUUUCUGUUGAAAGAAGAGAAAGAUUUACGAUACUGCACUAAACAUUACAACACAGGAAAGUUUACAUGUAUAGAAGUGCGAUUCCAUCUUGAAUGACAAAUGGGCUACUAUCUGAUCCAGAUGUACAUUCCCAGUCUCCUGAUUGUUAUUCUCUCCUGGGUUUCAUUCUGGAUCAAUAUGGAUGCUGCUCCAGCCAGGGUAGCCUUGGGCAUAACCACCGUGCUGACUAUGACUACACAGAGUUCAGGAUCACGAGCUUCCUUACCAAAGGUUUCGUAUGUCAAAGCUAUUGACAUUUGGAUGGCAGUGUGUCUCCUUUUCGUGUUUUCAGCGCUAUUGGAAUAUGCAGCUGUCAAUUUUGUAUCGAGACAACAUAAAGAACUUCUGAGAUUUCGACGAAAGAGAAAGAAUAGGGAUGAUGAGUUAAGGGAAAGCCGAUUCAGUUUCACGGCCUAUGGAAUGGGACCGUGUCUGCAAACAAAAGACGGUGUGACUCCAAAGGGCCCAAACCAUCCUGUCCAGGUAAUGCCAAAGAGCCUGGAUGAAAUGAGGAAGGUCUUCAUUGACAGGGCCAAGAAGAUUGACACCAUCUCCCGAGCCUGCUUCCCAUUAGCCUUCUUGAUUUUUAAUAUUUUCUACUGGGUUAUCUAUAAAAUUCUUAGGCAUGAGGAUAUUCAUCAACAACAAGAUUAA